UGUUUGUGACAGCUAUUGAUUGGUCGACUGAAGAGAUGUGAAAAAUGGCUGCCUUGCCUUCUCCUACUCAGGUGGCAGGGACCCACAGUGCUAUAUACGAAGCAUAUUAUCACCAAGUGGAUCCAAAUGGAUCAGGGGCAAUCCAGGCCCCGGAGGCAGCUCGGUUCCUCAAGAAGUCACAGCUCAGCGAUGUCGUCCUCAGCAAGAUCUGGGAUCUCUCCGAUCCCACUGGCAAGGGAUAUCUGGAUAAACCAGGGUUGUUCGUCGCGCUGAAGUUGGUCGCGCUGGCCCAAUCCGGCCGCGAUAUCAACAUGAACAACAUACAUAUGGACGCGCCACCGCCUAAAGUCGGCGAGCUGCCGAAGGCGGGCCACCCCCCCGCGCGGCCCGCGGCCCCCUCCCCCGCGCCGCUCGCGCCCGCCAACGACUGGAGCAUCAAACCCGCCGAGAGGGACAAAUACAGCCAGCUGUUUGACUCCUUGCAGCCCAACAACGGGCUCAUAGCUGGGAACAAGGUAAAAGGCGUGCUGAUGGAGUCGAAGCUGCCUCUGGAGACUCUGGGCAAGAUCUGGGACCUCGCAGACCAGGACAAAGAUGGAAUGCUUGACAGGCACGAGUUUAUGGUGGCCAUGCACCUGGUGUACAAGGCGCUGGAGAAGCACGCGAUCCCCACGGCGCUGCCGGCGGAGCUGCGCGCGCCGCGGCCGCCGCGCCCCCCCUCGCGCCCCCCCUCGCGGCCCCCCUCGCGCCCGCCCUCCCCGCAGCCGCGCGCGCCGCCCCGCCCGCAGCCGCCGCAUGCGCAGCACGCCUCUAACAGCGCGGCGCUGCUGGACGGGCUGCUGGACUUCUCAUCUCCCCCCACAGCGACGGCGCCGUCACAACCACUGAUGUCUGCGACUCCCCUCAUCCCCACGGGUGGUUCUAGUUCUGGUACCACCAUGACGCUCAUAGGUUCACAACUACCUUCGGGACCGGACCCGCAGUGGGUGGUGUCGGCGGCGGAGCAGGCGCAGUUCGCGGCGCAGUUCGCGGCGGCGGACGCGGACCGCGACGGGUUCGUGUCCGGCGCCGAGAUCAAGCAGACCUUCCUGGACACGGGGCUGCCGCAGGCCACUCUUGCGCAUAUAUGGGCUCUUUGUGAUACGGACAGCGUCGGCAAACUAUCCCGUCAACAGUUCAGCUUGGCGAUGUGGCUGGUGAAGAGGGCUCUGUCAGGGCAACCGCCGCCCGCCGCCCUCGCUGAGAACAUGCUGCCGCCAUCUUGUAGACCCGGACAGCAAUCGACCGAGCCGGCGCUGAACCUGGGCCCCCAGCCCACUCCUGAACUAGAAGCUAUCGCCCGGGAGGUGGACGCCCUGGCCAGAGAGAGACUCGCCCUGGAGGCCGACGUGGCCGCCAAGCAGAGGGAGGUCGCCGUCAACUCGGGAGAGGCUGAUAGUCUGCAGAGCGAACUGGACACGUUGACGGCGACAUUAAAACAGUUAGAAAACCAAAAAGGCGAAGCACAAAAGAGAUUAAAUGACUUAAAAACACAGGUGGACAAACUCCGCUCGCAAGUGUCCGCCCAAGAGGCGGCCGCGGCGGAAACGGAAGCGGAGGUGGCGGCGAGGAGGCAGGCCGCCAACUCGCUGCGGGAGAGGGAGAAGGAGCUGCAGCAGCAGGUGGCCGACGCGGAGAGGGAGUGCGACUCGCUCACCGCUAUGCUGAGGCGAUCUGUGCUGGCUGUCAGUCAGGCGAACAUAAAAAUCAGUCACCUGGAAGAGCAGCACCGCGAGAUCUCGCAGGCCGUGGCGGCGCUGAGCAGCGGCGCGCCCUCGCCCGCGCAGCUCGCGCUGCAGCCGCAGUUCAGCGCCGCGCACCUCGCGCGGGCCGUGCGCGGCGCCACGCCCAGCGACGCCUUGGAGGAGCCAGAAUCCACUAACAACGGCUUCGCGUCAAUGAACGGAUCUUCGUUCGGCGCGGAUCCGUUCAAAGAAUCCGCCUUCUCCACAGCGAUCACUCCCAAUGAUCCCUUCGCGCCGUCCGGGAAUAAACCCGCUCAGGACGGCUUCAGUUCGGAUCCAUUCGCGUCGAACGCGGAUCCGUUCGCGGGCGACGCUUUCGCUUCUACAGACAAUAAACCUAGCAACGAUGCCGCGUGGGAGAGCGACCCGUUCGCGGUGCUGCACGCGCCCGCGCGGCCCGCCGCUAAGCCCAAGCAGCCGCCGCCGCGCCCCGCGCCGCCGCGCCCCGCCGCGCACAAGACCCGCGCCAGCUCCUCCAUGGACUUCACCGAGGACCCCUUCAAAGACUACCGAUACGAAGACCCCUUCAACAUUGAAGACCCCUUCGCUGACGUCACAGACUCCAAAAGACCGACCUCUGUGGCGGGAUUCGAAACAGAUAAUUUCUUCUCUUCAACUCUCAACGGAAACUUCUCGAAGCCCGAGAAACGGAGCGGCCGCGUGUCCGCCCCCCCCGUGGCUUACGAUCCCUUCUCCACCAGAUCUGACCACAGAACAACGGCCAUCAGCGCUCUCCCAGAAACAAACGAAAACAACAACGCGUGGGCGGCGUGGCCCAACGACAACUGGGCGGCGGACGACGCCUGGACCAAACCGGCGCAGACCAAAUCCGACGCCUGGGCGAAGCCGACGCAGACGAAAUCCGACGCGUGGUCGACCAACAGCAAAAACACGAACUCGUCAUCCAGCGAUUGGAAGACCGACAAUUGGGCGAAUAAAUCUGAAAACUGGGCGUCAGAUUGGGGGUCGGACCAGAAUAAAAAUUUGAACGAAACUUGGCUCGCGAACACUUUGCCGUCGAAGAAGGAGAAAUCGCCAAAGCCCGUGAAAUACGCGAGAUCGUUGGUGAACACGAUAGGGGGCAUCGGCAGGAGUAAACACAAUAAGGAGAAGAAGGCCAAGGCGUCGUUGGAAGCCCGCAGCACUGAAUUCUUACCGACAGAGGAGCAGCAGUGGGCCUGGGCCGCGGAAGAGUCAAAAAGGCUGGAAGCAGAAGCCGAGAAGAGAAGACAAAAGGAAGACGCAGAAUUACAGCUUGUGUUAGCAAUAUCCAGGCAGGAGAAGUGAUCACGUGGUCGGUUGUCUGUGGUCUUGUCUAUGCUCGGUAAGUCAACGAGUCAAUGCAUUUUUGUAAAGCCGUUUGUGCGGUCGUCCACUGUUCGGAAUUCGAAUUUUUCGAACGACAUUUUUUUUCCAUUGAUUGCGAGCUGUUUAAAUUAAUAUAUUUAAUGUGUAUCCAAGCAGUGUACGAUUGCGUUAUAUCAGCUGACCAAUAGGAGGCAGGGAGUUUUGAGAUUCAUUCCGCAUUCCACGUGGCACGUACGUACAGGGAGUAGCUGUAAGUCUUGUUUGUAUGAAUAUUUAUAUUGGAAAUCUCAAUCAAAAUAAGUUGGGUUUUAAAUGAUAUUAUUAAAUAAUAAUAAUGUACUGCAGUAUUACAUUAGAUAGCAGAAUGAGGAUGUGUCAUUUAUCAAUUAUAAUUUCCAUAAAUUUAUAACGAAAGAAAUAGUUAAAGAUAGGUAGGUAUAUAAAAAAUAUUUCCUUUAACUAUAAGUUACAUCUUUUCUUGAAAUAUUUGAGUUUAAUUCCUAAAGACUCAGUACGCAAUAGUACCUUUUCUAGACUUACAGUUACUCUUCCUAUUGUAACUAAAAUGUAUGACUAGUCAAUUUGAUUACGGCAAAUUGUCGGAUGAAUAGCGGUCCAAACUUAUCCGAUGUGAUUCGCGUUUGCAUACAAAAAUUGGUUGAUUUUCAAAAUGUUUAAAGUUUACAAUGCAACGAUUCGAAUAAUUUUUUUUUUUUUUGGAGAAAUUAAUUUUACACAUUGUUUCAAUCGAUUGAGAGUUUCUGGGAGCGAAUUUACGGCCUCGUCAAAAUGGAAAUCUUCCGCCAGGCUAUGUGCUCCAAUCCGUAGAAAAUUUGAUAGCGCACCUGAACCUUUUUGUAAGAAUUCGGAUAUUUUGCUUACGAGUAUAUUUUAGUUUCCAUGUUGACAGAACGUAAUUAAACAAAGUACUGAUUAGCGAUUAUAAAACAUAGUCGAGCUAGAAGUAUACGCGUUUUGUAAAUAAUUAAUUUUUGUAUGUAACGCCAACGUUGUGUAAUUAUAUUGAUCGCGAGGCCUAAUAGCUUCACUAUUAUUGUAUAAAUUUAUCUUAAUUACUUAGAGAUGGCCGCAGAGAAAUCGUGGGAAAUAAUUAAAACAAUACCGAAAUUUUACUUUUGCAAUACAUUUUGAUAUGUCCAAAAAUUAGUAAAGUAUUGGUCUAUAAAAGUUCGGUACAAGAGUUCAUGAUGUUGCUUUUAAUAAAGCUUAAACAAUUAAACUUAAUAAAAAUAAAUAGACAAAUGUAGGAACUAUUUGGCUUGGAGGAUAAGCCUAAUGUAGGAGCUAUGUGGAGGGACGGAAGAAACAUCAUCCUAGUUAAUCAACUAAUUCCAGAGACCGACUUAUUUGUUGCGAUUUCCCUGGGUCCAAUAACUGUUUAUACAUCAUAGUUUAUAAUUAAACAGUCGAUUUGUAUAUUACUCCAACGCACCAUAACAAUACUUUGAGUUGCCUUUUCUGUAAUAUUUUUAUUUGUAGCAUGACAUUAUGUUUCUUCAGUUAUGCGACAUUUCAAAGUAAUUUCUAAGUAAAUAAAUAGGUUUUUCGUUGGCAUCUCUUAUCUCAUAUAAUAAAUCCGAGCUGCAAUGUAAAAUAUACUGCCUAAUUAGACAUAUCUAAUUAGGUGUAAGUGUAGCCAAAUCAUGGCAAGUAACACUAUUAUGUGAAGAAAUCUUCAUCACUCAACCGUUAUAAAAUCUAAGGUUUCGUAAGAUAUUUUAACUGAAUUAAGAUGUCGUCUAAAUACAUAAAAAUCAGAUCAAUAUCAACCGAUUUCCUGUACAAUUCAUGUAUAUUUAAUUUCGCAGAAUAGUUCAUUAUACUAUUUGGUUAAUUGUACAUUUUUAGAUGUGUAUACUUUAUUAUUCGUUGCUUAGCGUAUGUUGUAUAAAUCUUUGUUUUUGUAUAAUAAAUUCCAUUGGAUGUGCGUGGAAGUACAAUUGUAUUUAUUGUUGUUAUGUUGGCAGAAUGUUCGAUGCGGAUACAGACGCAUGGUACGUCAGUUGGUAGUCAAUAAUGUCGCAACAAUCAAAAUAUAUGUAAAAUACAAGUUAAAUGUAAGAAAAAUAAAUAAAUAUGGCAAGUCUGGACGGUAGCUUGGCGCGGCGCGUUAUAAUCUGUAGUGCCUUCUUAUUCGCUGUACUUGACUCUUUCUAACACUAGUGUGCGAACUUGUGAGUGAAAAAGAUGCAGCAUUUAGCUUCGCAUUAUCAUUUAUUUACUGCGUUUCGGUUCAUCCUUUAAAUGUUCAAGAAAAAUGUGUGUAAAUGAAAAAAAAAUGUUGCUGUAAAUGUAUGAAAUUUCUACCAUUUGGUAGUUUUUAAGUAGAACGACAACACUAGCUUUUGUCGUACGCACGUCGUGCACGCGUCGCAAAAAAAUAAAAACAAUAAUAUGUUAUUAAAGCCUCUAAUACACUAGGUAACAAUCGACAAGUACUUACUUGCUCGAAAUCACGAGUGAAAAGUAACAUUUGCUAUUUACUUUAGAUAUCCGUAGUGAGUAAGCCAGCUUAAUAUAUUAUAUGUCAUUGUUGCUGAGUGUAUUUGCGGCGUAAGCACACUCUUGUAGGGACAUUUGAGAAAUAAAAACAAUAAACAAUACUUCACAAGGAAAUGUCUCAACAAGCAGUUUUUGGGCUGAGACUCUCUGUGUCCCGACGACAAAGGAUAUUUCAGGAUUUUGCAAUCACGUGAUAGAAAAUUAUUAAAAAAAUAUCGAUUUUUGUCAUCGCGAUACAGCGCUCUCUUAGGUGAUAGGUUUAAUUGUAAACAUGUAAUGUAACUGAAUACCAGUGUGUUUAUGGGUAUUAUCCUAAAGUUGUUAUCUCUUUCUUAGGCGCUGUUGUUUGCGGCUCGGCGCGCCGCGCGGAAUACAAUUUUAGUUCGACCAAACGUUCUUGAUACAUUGUAUUUUUUCAAUAUAAUUACUGUAAGAUGAUACUAUAUAAGACAUAGCGUAGGUAGCAGAUCUGGUUAUCAUUAUUUCAAACGUUUAUUAGGUUGUUGAAAUUUAUAGAAAUGUCUAUUUUAGCAAAACGUUCUCAGUCAAUUGAUAUUAUCUAUCUUUAUUUUAUUUUUUUAUAGUGAAAUAUUUUUAUAGUCGUCCGCGCGGCGCUCCGACCAACUCUGUUAUCAAGUAUACAAUAUAAUGUAUGUAAUUUUCAGUGAUAGCGGAAUAAAUAAACUUUAAAUCUUGACGUUGAUGUGUAUAUGUGUAUUUAAAGCUAAUAUGGUUCGGCCAUGUGCGAUAUAAACAGGUAAGACGUACGGUAGUGACGGUGCGCGGUUCUUUCGGCCUCUGAUGUGUACAAAGCUUUAAAAUAUAUUAAAUAAGUGUGCAAAUUCUCAUUAUGCAUGUGCAAUCAGCAAAUUAAAAAAUAUAUGAAAUUUUUUUAAUGAUUUGAGUGGGACUUGUGAACGGGCAAUCGAUUGAUGAAAUAUACGUGUAAAAUAAAACUCAUUCCGAACCAAGAGAAGAAGGAUUAAGUAUUAAUUAUUCAGAGACCGCGCGCCAUAGAUCAUUAGGGUAAAGAAAUAAACUUAUCAUAACGAAGAAAUGGUAUUUAGGUUCAAGACCAGUAUGGCGUUGCAGUUGGACCUCGUCGGAAUAUAACGAAUUAGAUGCUUAUUCCCUAAUUACAUUAAGAAAAAUGUUCAAGUCAACAUACUUCUAAAAGUUGCCGAGAACAAUUACAAAUACACUAUAGCCAUUUUUGCCUGAAGUUCAACAAUUCAAUCAAAAUAUCAUUACGCCAAGGAUUAUAUACGACCCAAUGGAUUCAAGGAUAAAAUAAUAAUCAUAAAACGGCUACAGUUUGGCGAAGAUCGGUCUAAUUUGAGAAAAAAAUUGUCCCGGAAAGCGGGA